AUGAAGAUCUCACCCUUGUCAUACGUGGUGCUCUUCCUUUCAGGAGGCUGUCGUGCUGGAGGCAGCAUAAGCGAUGCAUCACCGCCGUCGGAAAUACCAUACUAUGGACUAAGCCCACCGGUCUACCCAUCACCCCAAGGGAAUGGCACCACCGAUGCACGCUGGGCUAGGGCCUACCAGCAGGCUAGAGCCCUGGUCGAGCAGUUGACGCUCGAGGAAAAGGUCAACCUCACCCACGGCCAACCCGGACCGUGUGCUGGCAACUCAUUGGCCAUCCCACGUCUAGGUCUGCCUUCGUUCUGCUUCUCGGAUGCACCAACUGGCGUCCGCGGCCAGGAGUUCGUAUCGGGCUUUCCGGCUGGCAUCCACGUGGCCGCCACCUUUGACGCCGACCUCAUGUAUCGCUACGGCGAGGCUGUCGGCCAGGAGUUUUACGGGAAAGGCGUCCAUGCGGCCCUUGGUCCCGUGUCUGGCCCUCUUGGCCGCAUUGCCCGCGGUGGCCGCAACUGGGAAGGACUCGGUAACGACCCCUACCUGUCUGGAAUUGCCGUCGGUGCCGUCACACGCGGCAUGCAGUCGGCCGGAGUCAUCGCCACGCCGAAGCACUUUCUGCUCAACGAACAGGAGUUCCGUCGCCGGGACGCAGAGCGGCAGCGCGGCGAUCAUGUGGUCGGCGAGGGCAUCAGCUCCAAUGUCGACGACCGUGCGCUGCACGAGCUCUACGUGUUUCCGUUUAUGAACGCGCUGCGGGCCGGCGCCGCGUCCAUCAUGUGCUCGUACCAGCGGGCCAAUCACUCGUACGCAAGCCAGAACUCAAAGCUUUUGAACGGCAUCCUCAAGACAGAACUCGGCUUUGAGGGCUUUGUUAUAAGCGACUGGGACGCACAGCACUCGGGCGUGGCGUCGGCCCUCGCCGGGCUGGACAUUGCCAUGCCAGACAGCACGGGCUACUGGGGCGACGGAUUGCUGCUGAAGGCCGUCAGCAACGGCUCUGUCACGGUCGAGCGUAUCGACGACAUGGCCACGCGGCUGCUGGCAGCCUGGCACUACGUCGGCGAGACGGACAUGGGCGGCGCAACCUUCCCCUCGCCGCCGGCAAUCUAUCCGACAAGCACGCAGCGGCGCCCAAUCGUCGAUGUCCAGGCUGACCACGCAUCCUUGAUCCGCACGAUCGGUGCGGCGGGCACCGUGCUGGUCAAAAAUGUCAACAAUACGCUCCCGUUGCAGCGGCCGCGUUUCCUCUGUGUCUAUGGUUACGAUGCCGUCCUCAAGGCAGAACCAUGGGACAACCCGUCCCGCUUCGGUGGCGGCUACGAGGUCAACUUUGGCUGGAACACGCUGAACGGCACGCUCAUCACAGGCGGUGGCUCGGGCGGAACAUCGCCUCCGUACGUUGUGUCGCCGUUCCAGGCUCUCCAGGAGCGUGUUGUGCAGGACGGCGGCAUUCUGCGGUGGGACUUCUUCUCCGAAAAGCCCGCGGUUGCGUACGCCAACGCUGACGCCUGCCUCGUGUUCAUCAAUGCCUACGCGUCUGAGAGCUUCGACCGACCCAGUCUGAGCGACGCCUUCAGCGACAACCUCGUCAACAAUGUCGCGAGCAUGUGCGCCAAUACCAUUGUUGUUGUCCAUUCGGCCGGCAUCCGCGUCGUGGACGCCUGGAUUGAUCAUGACAACGUGACUGCCGUCCUGUUUGCCGGCCUUCCGGGCCAGGAGUCGGGCCAUAGUCUGACCGACAUUCUCUACGGAGACGUUAACCCGUCAGGCCGCCUCCCCUAUACCGUUGCCCGCCGCGAGGCCGACUACGGUGACCUGCUGAACUCGUCCUACUCGACCGAUUACUUUCCCGAAGACAACUAUGACGAGGGCUUGUACAUCGAUUACCGUGCAUUUGACCACAAGGGCCUCGUGCCACGCUUUCCCUUUGGCUUUGGCCUCUCGUACACGACAUUCUCGUAUAGCCGUUCUCUGUCCGCUGAAUUGGUACCUACUGGAACGCCAUCCAAAUUCCCUGAUCCGUCAGUACCGGUUGUUCAGGGUGGCCAUCCGAGCCUCUGGGACACCAUAGCCGAGGUCAAGUGCAGCGUAACCAACACUGGCCGAGUAGCUGGCACCGAAGUCGUCCAGCUAUACGUUGGUGUGCCGGGCGCAAAUGGAGACGAUCCGGCGACGCAGACAGCGGCUGGAGGCGACUCGCCCGUCCGCCAGCUACGCGGCUUCCACCGUGUCGGUCCGCUAUCGCCGGGUGAGACGUCCGACGUGACUUUUGCACUGACACGACGCGAUCUGAGCGUGUGGGACGUCGAGGCACAACAGUGGCGGAUUCGCCGGGGAGUGUUCCGCCUGUACAUUGGUGCCAGCAGUCGUGAUUUGCGGCUGAAUGGCACAUUGAAUAUUUCUGGUUGA